AUGAUGGAGAAAAACAGCGCACCGGUCAAGGCAGCGGUGAGCUCAACGUUGAAACGCAAAGUGAAGCUUUGGAACAAGUUUGUUGAGAAAGAUGAUGAAGAAGAGGAAACGAGAAUCAGACCAAGGCGGAAGAAAGGCGGGCUUUAA